AUGCUUGCCCGAGCUCCCUUGCUUGUGGUUUUCCUUCUUCUCUGCAUUAAUGCGGCCGUUGAGCAGGUCUCGGCAGAUCUCAGGGUAGGGUUUUACCAAUCCACUUGCCCGCAAGCUGAAACCAUCGUCCGCCAACUCGUGCAGAAAAGAUUCAACACCGAUAAAUCCGUCACCGCUGCCCUUCUUCGCAUGCACUUCCACGACUGUUUCAUCAAAGGGUGUGAUGCAUCGAUCCUAAUAGACUCGACAGCCCAAAAGCAGUCGGAGAAAGCCGCGGGACCCAACCAAACGGUCCGAGACUUCGACCUCAUCGACCAAAUCAAGACGGCCCUCGAAGCCGCGUGCCCUUCUCGCGUCUCCUGCGCCGACGUCAUCGCCCUCGCCACCCGAGACGCCGUCGCCCUCUCUGGCGGGCCCACCUACCCUCUCCCAACGGGGAGGCUCGACGGCCUGACCUCCAACGUUAACGACGUCAACCUCCCGGGCCCCACCAUGCCCGUCUCCUCGGCCUUCGCCCAAUUCUUCAGGCCCAAGGGCUUCACCCUCAACGAGAUGGUCACCCUCCUGGGGGCCCACACGGUUGGGGUGGCCCACUGCGCGUUCUUCCAGGACCGGGCCUCCAACUUCCAAGGUACCGGGAAGCCCGACCCGACCAUGGACCCGGCCUUGGCUGGCACCCUCCGGAGGACCUGCUCCGCGAGCAACAAUCCAACGGCGUUUCUGGAUCAGAACACGUCGUUCGUGGUUGACACGUCGUUCUACAGGGAGCUGACCGUGAAGCGCGGAGUGAUGCAGAUUGACCAGGAGCUGGCCACCGACCCGUCCACGUCGGCGAUGGUGGCGGGGUUCGCGAGGAGCGAGUCGAGUUUUCGGCAGAGCUUUGCCGCGGCGAUGGUGAAGAUGGGGAGCCUCGUGGGUAAGGGUGGCGAGGUCAGGAAGAGUUGUCGUGUGUUUAAUCCCAAGAGCCCCGUCAGUGGCGGUGCACGGCCACCGCCGGUCGCGACGGCUCCUCGUCGUCCUCCCGUGGUGCAGCCGGCACCCGGCCGUCCUCGCCCUCCAGUUGUCAGACCCCGUACCCCGGUCCCGAGUACUCGUCGGCCAGUUGUGAGCCCUCAUCCGCCGGCGGUGAAACCCCGUCCUCCGGUUUUGAGACCUCGUUCACCGGCGGUGAGUCGUGCACCGCCACCUAAGAGCGGUGGCAAGAAGAAUGUGCCGAAGACAAAUGCUAAGAAUGUGUCGAAGACAAAGGGAAUCCAGAAAAAGAAACCUGGAAAGGGUAAUUAA